UUUCUGUUCUAGGACUUAUUGGUAAUUUAUACUAAUGAAAAAUUAGAUGCCUUUGGAGGGUGCAUAAAAUAUCUCCAGGAGCGAGGCGUUGAAGAAAGAACAUCUGUCGCGGAGAUGCUGCUUGGAUGUUUUUUAGAUGUAAUCAAUAUGAACUACAAGCGAGGCAAUCUGUUAGACAAGCCAGGCAAUCCCCUUCGGCGCGAGGCUGCCAAGAAAACAUCAGAGCUGCCGAGAAAACAUCGAUCUACGUUGUCUCAGGCUGCCAAGAGAACAUCAGAUCUGAUAAAUGAAGCAGUAGAGAAACUAAAUUCAGUCAAGUGUUCUGAUCUCACCAGUGGAGGCUCUCCACUUGGAUGUAUCGCUUUGUGGAGGAUUCUAUUUGAAUCGUCUCUGAUUAAUCUUCGGUUGGAUCUCAUAUGUAAAAACCAUGGUGAAACAGUCAAACUUGGGGCCACGGAAGAUCAACUGGAUGAAAUUAUGCUGUCGAUUAAUAAACUAUUGGUAGUUGGGGGAAGCGUCCUAAGUGAAUUUAUAGCCAUGCAAAGAACGGUUUUAAGAAUGAAAAUGCACACAUUCGAAUGGCAGGUGGCAGGAGUUUCUUAUAUACUAGUAGAUGCUUUUUCAACUGGUGGUGCUGCUUUGAGACCCGAGAAUUUUGAUCCUGGGAAUUUCAAUCUCGAUGAUUUUCCUUGGGAUAAGCACAAUGUUCCUCCUAGGAUUAAUGGUACGAGGCCAAAGUACUGCGAAGAAAAUUAUUAUGAUGAGUAGUGUUAUGUUUUAGCUGUUUUCCCUAUUGAAAAAUAUAUUGUAGCAUCUUUUGACGACAAGACGUAAGAUAAAUGUUGCUUUUCUGUGCUCAUAAUGAUUACUCACAUGUUUAUGGAGAAUUGAUAGAUUUUCUUGUUCGCUUAUGUACAAAUACAAAUAGUCCUCGAUAUCUAUGUCCACUUCUAAUAUUAUAGUUA